AUUUUUAUUUAUUUAUUUAUUUCUAUACUUAGUUUAUAGUUACUGAGUUAGGUACUUAAUCGAUACGAUGGCUCCUCCAGUAUAUGUUAAGGGAGGGGUGUGGACUAAUGUGGAAGAUGAGAUCUUAAAAGCCGCGGUAUCAAAGUAUGGACUUAAUCAAUGGGCUCGAGUCGCUUCAUUAUUAACUAAAAAGAGUGCGAGACAAGCCAAAGCCCGAUGGAAUGAAUGGUUAAAUCCGAAUAUUGAUAAGUCUGCUUGGACUCGAGAGGAUGAUGAAAAGUUAUUGAAUUUAGCAAAACUUUUACCGAAUCAAUGGAGAACUAUUGCACCCAUAGUUGGUCGAACUGCUACUCAUUGUGUAGAGAGAUAUCAGAAAUUAUUGGAUGAUGCAGCAAAAGUUGUUGAUGAUGAUGAUAAUGAUAAUGAUGAGUCGGAGUCUGAUUUGGGAUUAACUGGACCGGGAAUUGAAUCUUUACCAGCUUCUGGGGUUAGCGUGGGAGAAUUAAACAUAAAUCCUGAAAGUAAGCCUGCCAAACCUGAUGAUGAUGAACUUGAAGAUGAAGAACGAGAAAUGUUAACAGAAGCUAAAUCGAGAUUGGCUAAUACUCUGGGUAAGAAAGCGAAGAGAAAGGCUAGAGAAAGAAUGUUAGAUGAAAGUAAACGGUUAGCUCUACUUCAGAAACGGAGAGAACUCAAGGCCGCAGGUAUCAAUAUAAGUCUUGAAUCUAAGAAUAAACGAGCCAAGAAAGAUUUUGAUUAUAAUGCAGAUAUAUUUCAUGAACAUGCUCCAGCUGCUGGGUUAUAUGAUGUUUCUGAAGAAGCCAAUAGAAAUGAGAGUGAACGAAUUAAUUUCAGUCGUCAAGUGAAUAAAGUAGGUUUAGAUUUAGAAGAACAAGAUAAGAAGAAACUUAAGGGAAAGACAUCUCAAUCAGAUAGUAAGAAACAUAAGUUGAAUAUUGAGGCAGCUGCAGAAUUGUUAAAUGAACAUGAACAAAUCACCUUAAAGAAACAGAAACUUGAUUUGCCAGCUGCUGUACAGGUUGAUAGAAAAAUCAAUGUUAUAGAGACAGAAACUAAUGAAUUAGAAGGUGUAUUUGUAGUUCUCCAAGAUAAAUCACACGUCGAACCAGAAGAUGAUAUCGAUUCUCGACUCAUACAAAAGGGUAAACAAUUAAUAGCAAGUUCAGCUACAGGUUCGGUUCUCCUUGAUGAAGAAACAAAGUUUUCUGAUAUGGUUCCUGCUCCUAUAGUUACCAAAGCCAAAUCUUCCAGUAAAGAAAUAAAGAAAUUCAUCGUAGAACAAUUCAGUAAACUUCCAGCCCCAAAACAUUCUUCUGGACUAAUUCUUCCUCAAUUUGAUGAAGAAGAAGAUAAGAUAGAUUUGUCACAAUUUAAUGAUGAUGAUGGUAAUGGAUCAGCACCUGUAGAUCAAGGUGAACGAUUAAGGCAGCUUGAAAUUUUACAGCAAGUUAAUAAUGAGAAGGCUAAGUUAAGGAGAUCACAGGUAGUUCAAAAAGGGUUAACUAUACCUAAUCCUAAACAUUUGAAGCCAAUUAGUAGUUCAAGUGAUAAACAUGAUAUUUCAGUGCUUGUAGCGGUUGAAUUAUCGAAAUUAAUUAGUUCAGACUAUAGAAAGUAUGUGGAUCCAAGUUAUCAUGCUCCACUAGUAGAAGAUUUGGAUGAAGAAGAGUUUGAUAAAGUUAACCAAGAGAUUGCUCAAGAAGUUGCCAAGUUUGAAUCAAAAUCUGUAUCUCCCACUACUGAAGAUGACUCACAACUUCCUCCUAUUAGUUCAAUCAAGGCUAAUGUAGAGAAUCGUUUACGAACACUCAAAUUACGAUGCGAAACAAUAGACAAAGAACUUGAGCAAAAGCUUGAUCUCCAAACCAUUCUGGCCAGUCAAUUCGAUACGUGGAAUCAAGUACUAUCCGAACACACAAAGUUAAGACAGCUUUCUAACACUUUGGCUGAAGUGAUACGCUUGAGAGAUGAAGAACAGACAACAAUUACAGCUAGAUCGUCCAAGCUUAGAACCCUGGUAGAUGCUAUAAAUGCUAUUGAAUCGGCUGUACAAGAAAGACUACGUGCAAUUCAGCUAGCUUGCAAUAUAUAGAGUCUAUAUCUAUAUCUAUGUCUGCAUAUAUCUAUAUAUCUAUAUAUCUAUAUAUAUUAAUGAAUAAUGACCAUUAGUGAAAUAACCUCCAGCCC